AACUAAAAACCGUAGAUAAAUAAAGGAAAAUACCUCCCAUUAAACAUUUGUAAAAAAAGGUUUUUUGGGGAUUAUUAACUAACUAACAUAAUGGCGCGCCUUCACGUAGCUCUCCUUCUUCUCUUCAUUGCCGUCUCCACCGCCAUCGUAUCAGCUACCGAUAAACCGUCGGUAACCACUGCUGGACCUCCAACCUCAACAACUCCGACCAGUGGAGAUGUCGAGGCAGCAGAGGCUCCAGGAGACGACAACGCCAUCGGAACAACCGACGAUGAUGCACCUGGUACUCCCGGAGAUGAUGAUGUGGCAGUCGCCGGACCUAUCGGAAGCGAAACUUCGUACGCAAACUAUCCGCCGCCUCAGCAAACUUCCGGCAGUGGCGUCACCGCUAUGAUUGGAUUCGUUUCUGUCGCUGCUACGACGGUUGGAUCGUUCUUCUUUUUCUGAGGUGUGAUUGGUGCAUGUAAUUUUAAGAAAUUAAUAAUGUUUUCAAUGAAUGUUUUGUAAUACUUUUUCUUGUAGAUGUAUCAUGUAUAAGCAUUUUGCUUGUCCCUUCAUGUAUAACAUUGGGACGGUACAUAUCAUUACAACAUUAAAACUUCGUGUAUGUGAUUCUCAUAUAUAUGGUUUAUUGUGUAUAAUACCCUUUACGUGUAACCUAACGACAAUAGUUACCUUUCAAGUAGGUAAACACUAAAUACUAAACAGGUAAAGAGACGAUGAGAAAUAAUGAAAGAAACAAAAAAUUAAAACUUUGCUUCGUAUAUUUUAGUUACAUGCCAUUUUGCCAAAAACAAAAAUUCAUAUGAAAAACGUCGUUUCUCUACUUCCAGAAAGCUUGAUGCUAUGUUACCACUUCUUCAAGAUCAUAAAGCUACUGAUUUGGUGAAACUGAGUUAUCUUUUUAAAAAAAAUUAUAUUUAUUUGACCCGAUAAGUCAAGGGUUCAGAACCGAUUAACAAACCGAUUUAAACAAAAAAUUUCAAAUCAAUUUAUUACAUCAUAGUUUCGCCCACCCACUAAAGUGACGCGUUGGAAUAGGUUGUUCUCAAUCAUCGACAAAUAUCACAGAAAAGUGAGGUUCUUCUCGUUGCCGAAACUUUUCAUGGCUUCUCCGGAGUAAUAACUAGCUUCCGAUGAAUUCCCCGGAAACUGAGUUAUCUUCUUUUUCAAAUCUAUUAUGAUUUGCCUAACCAGUUUGAUGGAUAUUUUGGUUUUGUGGGCCGGGGGACGGGGCGUUGUUCCGAUUUGGUUAUCAAUUUCAGUUUGGAUAAUAUGAUUGGUUUUGUAAAACUAUGGAGGUGAUUGGUAGUUGCUGUAGGUGCUGUACACAUCUCUAUUUAUUUUUACAGCACUAAAUUUAGAGCAAUCAAACUUUAAUUUUUUUU